AGAAAAAUAUUAAAAAAAAAAAAAACAGCUACACAAGCCAAGAGAAAGAAAGAAAGAAUAGCGUUUGACUUGAUUUCAGAGAGAGAGAGAGAGAAACAGAAACAGAGAAAAGUUAAAAGAAGGAAUGAAGAAAAUUCAAUCAGAUCGAAUACAAUUUUGACGUCCGCAAGGACAUUCAGAGCCUCAAUCUCUCUCUCUCUCUAAAUUCCCCCCCUCUCCCCUUCAUUAUCUCUCUACGCUUUCUCUCUCUAGAUACAGCGAAGAACAGGCCACGUACUGGGAGUGGAAGUAAUAAAAAGGGAAAACCCCUCCAAAGAGCAGAAGGUUGAUUUUUGAGCGGAAGACGCAGAAGCCCUAAAGGCGGCUUUUUUAAGUAGUAAUUCAUGGUGUUCAUUGUUUUGAGUUUUUAUUGGAGAAGAGGGGAGGAAGUGAAGAAACAAGAGUUGGGUAAUCUGUGAAUUUUUUCGAUUUAGUCGUAUUUUGGAUUGAAAUCAGUAUAUUUGGCGAUUUUGGAGGGCUGUCUCUGUUUUCCUCUGUCAGUACUGUUGAAUUCUAGCUCGGGGGUUCAUGCGAAAGCCAUUCCAUAUUUGCUUCUCACCUGGAGAUAGUACAAUUCUAGAAUGUUCAGACUCAAAGGUUGUUCCUUGGCUUUGGUUUUCUUUGGUCUCUGGCUUCUGUGCUGUAGAACGCAAAUCUCCGUUCUUAGGCGCAAAAUCGUACCCAUUCUUCUUCGUGCACAAUGAGGAGUAUGAAGCCAAAUCAAGGAAUGUGGGGCUAAGAUGCUGAUUCCAUUGAGCUCUCUAUCUUUCCGUGCAUUCUUGUUUAACUGUAGUUUAUUCGAUUAAUUAUGUUGUUUUAGAUAGUUGUACCGUGGCAAGUCUGCAUAGAUUAUAAUUCUGGAAAUAUGGUACCAUCUGGGACUUCCACCCCAAUUGGUGGUGCACAGUCUGUACCUCCUUCUCUUUUGCGUUCGAACUCGGGAAUGCUAGGAUCACAGGGGGGUGGUCUGCCUUCCCAAACUGCAUUCCCUUCGCUUUUGUCCCCUCGAACUCAGUUUAAUAAUAUGAGUAUGGUAGGCAAUGUGCCCAAUAUGUCUUCGCUGCUUAAUCAAUCAUUUGGAAAUGGAGGUGUGAAUCCUCAGCUCUCUGGUCCUGCAAGUAGUCAGCGGGGAGGCAUUGAUGCUGGUGCUGAGUCUGAUCCACUUUCAGGCGUUGGCAAUGGAAUGGGAUUUAAUGCUCCUUCCGCAUCAUUUGUACCAUCAAACAUGGUUAACCCUGUUUCAUCUGGUCAAGUUCAGGGUCAGCAAUUUCCAAACCUCUCUGGGAACCAGCUGUUGCCAGAUCAGCAGCAGCCUCAGCCCCAACAACUUGAGACGCAGAAUUUUCAACAUGGUCAGCAAGCGAUGCAACACUUUUCUGUGCCGCACAAUACCCAACAAGGGCAGCAGCAACAGCAACAAUUUCAAUCUGUUCGGGGAGGGUUAGCUAGUGUUGGAUCUGUCAAGUUGGAGCCUAAUGAGCAACUUGGACAGCAACAGCAGUUGCAGUCACUGAGGACGCUUGCGCCUGUCAAAUUGGAACCCCAAUCAAUCCAGACAUUGAGAAGUUUGCCAUCAGUCAAAAUGGAACCCCAACAUUCAGAUCAAUCUUUGUUUCUGCAUCAACAGCAGCAGCAGCAUCAGCAGCAGCAUCAGCAGCAGCAGCAGCAGCAGUUCCUCCACGUGCCUCGGCAGCCACCACAGGCUGCUGCUGCUGCUGCCCAAAUGAAUCUCUUGAAUCAACAAAGAGUCUUGCAUAUUCAGCAGCAGCAACAACAGUUUCAGCAGCAACAAUUAUUGAAAACAAUGUCUCAGCAGCGACCCCAGCAAUUUCAGCAGCAGAAUCUGCCUUUGAGAUCACCUAUGAAACAAGUAUAUGAACCUGGGAUGUGUGCCCGGCGGUUGACACAUUACAUGUGUCACCAACAGCGCAGACCUCAAGACAACAACAUUGAAUUCUGGAGAAAAUUCGUUGCUGAGUAUUUUGCUCCUCAUGCCAAAAAAAAGUGGUGUGUUUCUAUGUAUGGAAGUGGCCGCCAAACUACUGGUGUUUUUCCUCAGGAUGUAUGGCACUGCGAGAUUUGUAAUCAGAGGCCUGGCCGUGGUUUUGAAGCAACCGUUGAGGUUCUUCCCAGACUUUUCAAAAUUAAAUAUGAAAGCGGUACUCUUGAAGAGCUUCUUUAUGUUGAUAUGCCCCGUGAGUAUCAGAAUUCUUCUGGUCAAAUUGUCCUGGAUUAUGCAAAAGCAAUACAAGAAAGUGUUUUUGAGCAACUUCGUGUUGUUCGAGAUGGUCAGCUGCGAAUAGUUUUCUCCCAAGAUCUCAAGAUAUGCUCCUGGGAGUUUUGUGCUCGGCGUCAUGAAGAACUCAUACCUAGAAGAUUGUUGAUACCUCAGGUUAGUCAGCUUGGGGCAGCAGCUCAAAAAUAUCAGGCAGCUACUCAAAAUGCAUCAUCUAAUUUAACUGCCCCAGAGCUACAGAGUAAUUGUAAUUUGUUUGUUGCGUCAGCUCGGCAGUUGGCAAAAGCAUUGGAAGUGCCACUGGUCAAUGAUUUGGGUUAUACAAAGAGAUAUGUACGAUGCCUUCAGAUCUCUGAGGUGGUUAAUAGCAUGAAAGAUUUGAUUGAUUACAGUAGAGAAACAGGGACCGGACCAAUGGAGAGUUUGGCCAAGUUCUCUAGAAGAUCAAGUACUUCAUCUGGGUUUAGCACUCAAGCUCAGCAGUCUGAAGAACAUUUACAACAGCAACAACAUCAACAGUCCCAGCAGCAACAAACAAUGACUCAGAGCUGCAACAGUGAUCAGGGUUCUGUCCAACCCUCGGCAAUGCAGCUUGCUGCUAACAAUGGUGUGGGUGGUGUAAAUAAUUCUCUUAAUGCAGCAUCAGCAUCAACUUCUGCUAGCACCAUAGUUGGCCUUUUAAAUCAAAAUUCUAUGAACUCCAGGCAGCAGAGUUCUAUGAAUAAUGCAAGUAGUCCCUACGGAGGUAAUUCUGUUCAGAUGUCAUCCCCUGGUUCGUCAAGUACACUUCCACAAGCGCAACCCAUUCCCCCUCAAUAUCAGUCACCAACACCCUCCUCAUCUAACAAUCCCCCUCAAGCUCCUCACAGUGCCUUAGCAGCUAGCAAUCACAUGAGCUCUGCAAAUUCUCCUGCAAAUUUGUCUGUGCAGCAGCCUGCUCUUUCUGGUGAGGCUGACCCUAGUGAGUCUCAAAGCUCUGUCCAGAAGAUACUACAGGAAAUGAUGAUGUCCAACCAACUUAGUGGUCCAGGUGGAAUGGUUGGUGUUGGUUCACUAGGGAAUGAUGUGAAAAGUGUUAAUGGGUUGUUGCAGACUAGUAACAAUGCAGUUCUGAAUGGUGGCAAUGGUCUAGUGGGAAAUGGGGUGGUCAACAAUAAUUCAGGUAUUGGGAGAGCUGCGUUUGGAACAAUGAGUGGUGGGCUUGGCCAGUCUGCCAUGGUCAAUGGAGGAAUUAGAGCUGCAAUGGGUCAUAAUAACCUCAUGAUGAAUGGGAGGAUGGGCAUGACAACAAUGGCUCGAGAUCAAGGCAUGAAUCACCAACAACAGGAUUUGGGGAACCAGCUUCUAAGUGGUUUAGGAGCAGCUAAUGGUUUUAAUAAUCUUCAGUUUGAUUGGAAACCAUCCCCAUGAGUGAAACGCUUUGUCAGUAACAAUGAAUUCAUGUGGUUCGGUUUGACUGAGAACCAUCCGCGCGAAAGGUUCAGGUGUGUAACAACGAUAUAUCUUUCUUGAUUAAAGAUGCACGUGCGGCGAAAGUGGCCAGAACUGCUAGAACUGCCAAUGACCCUGGUCGGAUUAUGGUACAGGAUAUGAUAGAUUUAGUGCUUCCCUCCCACUUUGUACUAAUUUGAGAUAAGCUAAGCAUAAAGCAUAGUGUUUUAUCAAUGAAAUGUUAAAUCAUCUUUAUGGUGCUCCAUUCUCUUUUAAUAUAUGUCACCCUGAUUUAUGAUUCAGUCUUGAAAGUGAUAGCAGAUCCCUAGCAUGCUGGAAUGGAAUUAUGGCAAGACACAUGUGAAUGUGCUGUGUUUGGUUUGAAUGUAUUUUAGCAUGAGAUGUGAAGGAACAAAUCGAUAUUUGGAUUCGUGGUGAUAUGUACAAAUACUUAAGAACCGUGAAAAUUCUUCAG